AUGGACUACUCAAAGCUCCGAGCCGCUGCUCUGCGAGACGGAGAAGAUGAGGAGGCCGUCACUGUCGAUACCAGAGCUUUGAUCGACAAGGUCCUCGCUCGGUACUCAGGAGAGUGGACAACACUGCGCGAGUUGAUCCAGAAUGCUGCCGAUGCGCAGGCGACGACCGUCAAGAUAAAAUGGGAGACCAUGCCCUCGACGCAAAUACCACUUCCCUCCACGCAGAACAGAUCAGAGCUGCUGAAACACAUAAUAACGAACCAUACCCUCCGAAGGCUGCUUGUGCAGAACAACGGUCAGCCUUUCACAAAGACAGACUGGGGAAGACUGAAGAGGAUCGCAGAGGGCAAUCCAGACGAGACCAAGAUCGGCGCGUUUGGUGUCGGUUUCUACUCCGUUUUUGCAGACUGUGAAGAGCCAUUUGUGAGCUCCGGCGCAGAAGCAAUGGCAUUUUACUGGAAGGCAAAUUCACUCUUCACCAGGAAGCUGGUGCUGCCCAAGGAGGAGAGCACUACCGACACUGCCUUUGUCUUGGACUACAGGAAUACAACGACCCCGGUGCCGAAUAUUCUAUCCAUAAGUCAGUUCCUUGCCACGAGUUUGACCUUCGUGGCCUUACAACACAUCGAGUUCUGGAUCGAUGAUUACCAGGUCCUGGCGCUGCACAAGAAACAAGCUCCGAGCGUUGAUGUCCCAAUUCCAAGAGACCUGGAGACUAGGACUCGAGAUGGUCUCAUGAAACUGGCCAGCGUCGACCGAGCAAGUGUACAGAUCGACGCAUCCUUUAUGUCUGCCGUGGGCUGGAAGCCUGCAGCAGCCACCAGUGCCUCUGGCGAGGGUUCCGGGGUGUCAGAAGCGCCUUCUCUCAAGAGCUUUUUCUCCAGGCUUACGUCUACCGCGUCUCAAGCAGGUCUAAGGGGGAAAAUGGCGAAAGAAGAAGCCGCUGUUCAGCAGGCCAUCUCGGAAGAUAUUACUGCGAUGUCGAGAUCGAGCAUCUUCCUUCAGGUGACAACGGGAUCUAUCCAGACAAAGAUCUCUUCCUCCUUCUCAGCCGAAUUGGAACGUGCUACCAAGAAGCCACCACCGAAGACAACAAGAAUAGCGAUCCUCACCUCGUCAUAUGACGAGACGCUUGCCUCAGAGAGCUCCAGCAGCUCAGGGGUGGCUAAUAAAGCAGCUGACGUCUUCGCUUCAGUGUUGCCAAGCAAGAAGCCAGGUGGCAGGGUUUUCAUCGGUUUUCCAACGGCACAGACAACUGGUGCCGGCAUGCACAUCUCUGCUCCAUCUGUGAUUCCAACGGUCGAGAGAGAGGCUAUCGACUUGAACGCUCGUUGGGUCAGAACCUGGAAUAUCGAAAUGCUUCGAGUUGCAGGUAUCAUGACGCGGCUGGCAUUCACCAACGAGAUGCUUGAUCUCGACGCCAAGCUCAAGAAGUUGGUGGAGGCAAGGGCCAAAGGCGCUAUACCGACCAAGGAGGAGAUUGCAAAGUUCUUACCUGAAGCGCUGCAUAUUCUGAAGACCUACACUUUCCAGGACUCAACUCCUAGCGCCAACGUGGGUCAGAUCAUCGAAGAGUCUUUCUGGGUUGCAUACCAGAAACCAACAAUCGAGGUCUAUUCCAGCCGAGGAGUCUUGUUGACUUCCAAGGUCCGCAUGGGUUCCGAUGAAAUGGGCAAGUUCGUUGAUGGAAUCCCAGUCAUUCUGGAUGACAUGAAACAGGUACCCUUCAUAAGGAAACUUCGGGACUUUGGCCUGCUUCAGGACAUCACUGUGGACGACGUCCGGCAAGAGCUAGAGGCGAAAGCUCUGAAUAGGGAUCAGCUAACUCACUUCAUCAGCUGGGCGGCCAAGACUGCGUCAACAGGGGAGCUGGAUCCUAGUAGCAAGGCCCGCUUGUUCGAUGUUGCAGUUGCAACCAUUGGCGAGGGCCAAGAUUCGGGAGAGAUCAUCACGCUGAGCUCUAUCAAAAACUACCUCAGCAGCAACAAAAUCCCCCCUAAUCUGCCAAUCCCACCGUCGACAAUUGCUUUCGCGUUCACCAAUCAACUCCCUGCACAUCACUUGCAAGCUCUUGGUUGGGAACCACUCGAGAUUGUACCUUGGCUGCGAUUCCUACUUGACUCGGUUUCAAGCCGGCCGGCUGACGAGAACAUGACCAAGUCGGCAAAGUUCUCUGUCUCUGUCUUGACCGUACUGUCCAAGAAUUGGGACAAUAUGAGCCAGGGGUCCAAGGGCUCAGUCACAAAUGCGCUUCAGAAUGUCACCGUCAUGCCCACGAAGAUGGGCAUGAGGAAGCCAGCGGAGUCGUUCUUCCCGACAGUGAGACUAUUCGACGAUCUUCCGACAAUUGAAGGAUGUCAGGGCAUCAAAGAUAAGUUUCUGGGGGCUCUCGGAGUACGAAGGACACUGGACCUGGACACUAUCUUCUCCCGCCUCUUGAAACCCUCUGGAGAGAAUACACAAAAACCGUGGAGUCAUAUGGAGCUCAUCAAAUACCUCGCUUCUGUGAGAGAUGACAUCCCCGCAGAUGACAUGAAGAAAUUGAGAAACUCGCCCAUAUGCCCAGCAGAAGCUGGCCCGCCUGGCAUGGAAUCAACAGAGGCCUCGUCACAGCUUUACAAGGUCUCUGAGCUAUUUGAGCCCAAGUCAGAGCUUCGUGAGCUGGGAGCACCUCUAUUGCAGUGGCCGGGUCCACCAGGAAGCUUCCGCGUGGCCAGCAAGGAGGGUCGCUUCCUGUCGAGUUUGGGCCUGAGACCUCAUCCCACGGUCCCAGAGUUGAUCGAGUUGAUGGCGUCAACCGAUGCGCCGCGAAGAGACAAGGCCAGAAACUAUUUCAUCAAGUACCACCACAUCAACGGCUACGCCGCUUUCGAUAUUGGGUCCACCAGCAAACCCAUCCUACCACUUCAAGGCACUGCAAAACAGCUCGUCCCUCCGUCCGCUUGCUUCACAAAUGAGCAAGCUUCUGUGUUAGGCUUCAACAUCCUGGCCAAAGACCUUCAUGCACAUGCCAGCAAGUUUGGUGUCGCUCGUGAACCCCCGGUAGAUUCAUGCGUGGCGAAACUCAUCGCGAACCCUCCGAAAGAUCGAUCAGCCGCCAUCACACUAUUCAACUACUUUGCGACCCGGGUGGCUGACCUCGGUCAAGGUAGUCUGUCAAAGCUGAGAGCAGCGUCCUUUGUGCCGGUUCAGCGACGAAAUCGCUCUGGGGAACCUCUACGAACUAAGAAUUCGGAGGCUCCAAAUGGCCUGAUGCUUGUCCCGCCGCAGAACGUCUAUCUCGGGACAGGGGCGACCUACGGGGAGAUCUUUGAUUUUGUGGACUUUGGGGAUGUGGCACAUGCAUUCUUACUUCGGUGCGGAGCAAAAAUGGAACCGACAAAGCACGAGAUCGCGACCUUCGCCUGCAACGAGCCUGUUCGCUUGUGGACAACCGUUGGCAGUUCAGAGAAGUACCUGGACAUCUUGAGAUCUCUAGCGACCGACAUCUCGACGCUGAAGAGGGACAAGGAUCUAUAUCGAAAGAUGAAGCAGGAAAAAUGGCUGAUGGCCUUCAAGGAGAUCCCUUCUUCCAAGGCCAGGGCUUCCGAGGAUGACGACUAUGGAGAGUCCGUUCGGGGAUCCCAACUUGCCGCUCCAUCCGAGAUUGUGAUUGCAGAUGAUUUCUAUAGUUUCCGACUGUUUCGCGAUCAUCUGCUCUCUGCGCCAGAAGACGAUACCCUGGAAGCUUUUUACCUGACUCUUGGAUCUCCAAGCAUCAGCAGUCUGGUGCAAGAAGACGCACACAUAGGAAAGUCAACUCUUAACCAGGAUGGCGCUGUCUGGUUGAGAAAUCAUAUUCUGGAGCGUACGAAGUUGUUCCUUCAUGAGUAUCGGCAUAUCUCAAGAGACUCGAUCAAACAUGACGCGAAAUGGCUAGACAAGAAUCUUCACGUCGAGGUAGUGCAGAGCGUCCAACUUCGCCGCACCUUGAGGGGUCAACAUAAGUCUCACACGGAGAAGAGAGCAGCGAUGGCCAUGAGGACGGCAACAGGGCAUACUUUGUACAUUGCCGCCGACCAAGGCAGUAAACCAGACAUGUAUCAAGUCGGGCAAGCAGUCUGCACUCUGAUCUUGACACGCCACAACCAGCAGUCGUAUUUCUUUUUCGAACCUUUCCUCAAGUUGAAUUUGCUUGACCUCAGGGCCCGCGGCUACAAUGUCGACAGAAUCCUACGGGCCAAAGCGGAAGAGGCUCGAAUUGCCGAAGAGGAGCGACGAAAGGCACUUCAAGCAGAGGAGCAGCGGAUCAAGGAGAGGGAAGAGGAGUGGGCACGUCAGGAGAAAGCUACUGUGGAGGCCGAAGCCAAGCGGCCGAACACACCAAAGCAACAGUCAGGUCUCCCUGGUGCGAUGCCAGGUUCCUUUGAUCCAGACUCUCCCGAAGCUCCGCCUGCGGCCCAGAAUGGACGACGAAGCAGAGGAUUCUUCUCCAAUAUAUCACGCAGGUUCGGCCUUGACAAGGAUGAAGAGGCAGACAGGGCAAUGGAUAAUCUCUUGACAAAUCCUGAGCCCGAGGUCAAGACAGGCCAGGCCCAGUCAGGUCCAUCACAACAGCAGGGCCCUGGGGAUAGCGGACGGGUAACCUCUCCUGCGGUAGUGCAGAACAACUUGCUCCAAGCUAUCCGAUCGACGCGACCGCACGACUCCUCCAGUGUGUUUAGUCCACCACGGACACAAGAGAUCAAGGAGCAAGCGACGUACUGUGACAGCACACCGGCGCAGAACAUCGUCUUUGUGGCGCAGGCACCGCGCGGCAUGAAGGUCUAUCUCGACAAGUCUAUCUCCACGGACCACAUGACAUUCCUUGGGCAAAAUAGCGAGGCGAUCUCGAAAUUCGAGAAUCUCCUUCGAGAUGUUGCUGAUAUCUAUGGCGUCUCGACCACAGCCUUGCAGAUCCACUUUGACGAGGCAGGCGCCUGUAUCGCAUUCAACACGAACGGAAGCAUCUUCUGCAACCUGCGCUUCUUCCUACAGCUGCAUUACAACAAGAUGAGAGAAAUCGGACGUGCGGGUGCGGAGGGCAGAGUCGAGGCUUCGGUGUGGUGGUUCGUGGUGGUGGCGCACGAGCUGGCACACAAUCUUGUGGCUGCACAUGAUGCGAAUCACAGCUACUAUACCGAGUCUUUUGUUCAGGAAUAUUUUGCCAAGAUGAUGGCCAAGGCGUUGUCGUGGACACCGUCCGCCAGUCGUCCCACGGACGUCUCCGUUCCCGCGACAACCAGCAGGGAGGAACAAUUACCACCGUACAGUCCAAGAGAGCUGCGCAGUGGCAACACGAAUUAG